AGCCCACUGUAAGCUCGCAGCAGUAGUUAGGCUGCACUCACACAUUGAAUGAAAGUCAGUAGUGUAGCAGGCUUGUUGCCACCAGCAACUGAAGAGAUCUCCUCACCAGUAAAGUUACCUUACAGUAUCUAGGUACACUGCAUCAGCAAGAGAUAAUCCUACACAAUUGGGGGGGUGAAAAGAGUUAAAAGACAGGACAUCUGUGGAAAGAGGAAGGACCAUUGCCUGUGUCAGUGUGGCAAUGCAGCGGGUCACGGUGCAGCUCGUCGCCGGGCUGGUUGCAGCGGUGCUGUCGCUGCUGGCUGAGCAGUGUUGGGCGGACGGUGGCGGCGGCCUCAGCCUUGCAGAGAGGGUCAUCUGGGCUGUAAACUGCGGGGGUGAAUCGCAUAUAGACGUGCACGGGAUUCACUUCAAAAAGGACCCAUUGGAAGGGAAACUUGGCAAAUCAUCUGAUUAUGGGGUGCGUCUGCCAAUACUGCGCUCCAGUCCUGAGGACCAGAUUCUGUAUCAGACGGAGCGCUACAAUGAGGACACUUUUGGAUAUGAUAUCCCCAUUCGUGAGGAAGGAGACUAUAUACUAGUUAUGAAGUAUGCAGAAGUUUACUUCGCCCAGUCACAGCAAAAGGUGUUUGACGUCCGUCUAAACGGUCAUGUGGUGGUGAAGGACCUGGAUAUCUUUGAGCGAGUGGGUCACAGUACCGCUCAUGAUGAGAUAGUGUCCUUCUCAAUUAGACGUGGCAAGCUGAGCGUGCAAGGAGAGGUGUCCACUUUCAACGGCAAGCUCACGGUGGAGUUUGUAAAGGGUUAUUAUGACAACCCCAAGGUCUGCGCUCUCUAUGUAAUGAAGGGGACUUUAGAUGAUGUGCCAAAACUUCAGCCUCACCCUGGCUUGGAGAAGCCAGAGGAAGAGGAGGAAGAAGAGGAGGAUACAGAGGGAGGCGAGGAAGGUGGGAAGAAAAAGGUCCCAGCAGGUACCAAGACCAGGGUCCAGUCGGGCCCCCGAACACCAAACCCCUACGCAGCAGACAACAGCAGCCUAAUGUUUCCCAUCCUUGUGGCGUUCGGGGUGUUCAUCCCCACACUGUUCUGCCUCUGUCGGCUGUGAGCUCCAACUAGCGACCGAGGGGACGUCAAACAGACAAGAUGGACGUGAGACUUUGGAGAGGGAGAAGGGGGGUGGGGGUAUGGGGGGUAACGGGGGGGGACAAAGUGGCAACAGCAGCACAGGUAAAGGCGUACACACAGGAGAGAGCUCGGAGAACAUCUUGACGACAGGACAACAAGAGACAAUAACUUUUCGGAAAGCCACUUCGCGACGGAAGCAACCGCUGACGUCGAAUUCUACCGUUUAGGCAAGAAAAGGAGAUGUAGGAAGUGUAUGCCGUGCGCUUCUUUGUGAAUGUGUUUCGCAUCCACCUCUGCUGACAGUUUUGAACAAUGUUAGUCAUUUCCACUCAGAGACUGUGCAGGAUUUACAGACGCCAGUCUUCACGGUUUGAAACCACAUUUCAGCAGCUAAGGGAUGCUCAGGAGCGAUUGGUCUGGGCCCGUUUUAUAAAGCAAAAGCAUCGUUUUGUACUGGGUGUAGCAAGGAAGCACACUCUGUUUAACACUCUUGCUCCGCAUCCGGUCAGACGUGUUACCUUCAAAUUGGAAGUGGUGCUGCUUAGAAAUUGGUUAAGUAGUUGGUGGAAAUACAGUUGCCAUUUCACAGGCUCCCAUUUUGUUGCAUUUUUGUGUCUUUCCACUCAGAUCUAGUUUGUCCUUUCGUUGACGUGCCAUCAUCUACUUGCCAUGAGUCGUUGAAAGAAAUUGGCGUUGAACCAGCUCUGUAGCUGGCGGGAUUAUUUGCUGUCUAAGUCGGCUUGCCUUUUACAUAAAUAUAGGUUGUUUUUCACAAAUCUGUUGGUGACGUGUGGUAAAGUUUGAUAGACUUAUUUGGCAUUGUUCCACCAAAAAUUCUGAUUCAGGGCCAUUAAACGUGUCCUCAACAGCGAUCGCAAAUUCAAAGUCCUCUUCAAGGAAGGAUCCAUUUUAAAGUUCAAACAUUGCAAAGUGAGAAUGUGGAACGGUUUCUUUCAGUCAAAGUUUAUGCUGUGAAAUGCUUCAGCUCAAGUGAGUCAGGAUCUUUACAUCACUGUAUUUUCUACGAGCUUUGCCUUUUUCUAUUCGUUCGUUAAGUAUGCAUGCCUGCCUUUUUGUUUCACCAAAGAAUGUCUUUUUUUAUUUUGUUGGAAAAGGAAAACUUGGUGGCCUGUUUAAUUUGACAAAUAGCUUGCAAAAUACAAUUCUGCGAGGCCUCUGCUCUGUGGCGAGUGUUUUAAAUUGGGUAUAUUUGGACGCACAGUACCCCUCACUUAUCAAAAUUGAAAUGAUUCACAGUAGGGAUGCACCGAUCCAACUUUUUCAGUCCAUAGCGACAACGAGUACCGAUCCGAUACAAGUGUUUGAUUAAUAAGCUGUAUGCCUCACUGCGUGGAAGUGACUGGGAUCAUUCUU